CUGUGUCAAUAGCCGAGAAGAUGAAAGGCAGCUGGGAACCUCUGGAAUCCACACUAACCCUUCGUCAUCUCUACCCCCCAGGAUGGAGAAGGUUGGGGAGUAACCCUAAACAGAUUUCCUAAUGUGGAAAACGAGUGACAAGCCGUAAUUAGCGCCGCUUAAAAGGCAGGAGAUUCCCUCUGGGCAAGAAGCCUGUGACCUUCAAUUCCUCAGAGAAGUGAAAGCUUGCAGAAGGAAGGAAGCCAGUUAUUCCUGCUGUCUGCACCCUACAAACACCACAAGCUGCACCACCACUUGGCUGUGCUCGGAGCACCAGCAACUCGCCCGGUUGCACCUCGCUCCUGGCGGGAGAAGGACCCCAACAUGGCAAGAAGACUGGGGGUUCCCCUGAAGCCGCUGCUGCUGCUGCUGUUCGCCCUGGACAGCAGCCAGGCCUUGAGGAUCUGCUCCUUCAACAUCAUGUCCUUUGGGGAAGCCAAGAUAGGCAACUCCAGGGCGAUGGAUGUUAUUGUGAAGAUCAUCAGUCGCUGUGACAUCACGCUUCUAAUGGAAAUCAAGGACUCCCAAAACAUCAUUUGUCCCACCUUGAUAAAAAUGCUGAAUGGGAAAUCCCGAAAAGGCACCAAAGACUACAACUGUUUAAUUAGCAACCGGCUGGGAAGAAAUGCCUACAAGGAACAGUACGCUUUUCUCUAUAGGGAAAGUAUGGUAUCUGUGAAGAAAAGCUAUCAAUAUCAUGACACCCAGGUUGGAGAUGAAGAUGUCUUUUCCCGAGAACCUUUUGUGGUCUGGUUCUACUCCCCUAAAACUGCUGUCAGAGAUUUUGUGAUCAUCCCUCUGCAUACGACACCUGAGACGUCUGUUCGAGAAAUCGAUGAGCUCUUUGAUGUCUACAUGGAUGUAAAACGUCGAUGGAAGCCUGAGAACUUCAUCUUCAUGGGAGACUUCAACGCUGGCUGUAGUUAUGUCCCAAAGAAGUCCUGGAAGCAGAUCCGGCUUCGGAUGGACCCCAGGUUUGUCUGGCUGAUCGGUGAUAAUGUGGACACAACAGUCAAGGAAAGCACCAAGUGUGCCUAUGACAGGAUCGUGGUCCAGGGCCAGAAGAUAAACAGUUCCAUUGUUCCGGAUUCUGCCAAGACCUUUGACUUCCGAAAAGCCUACAGGUUGACUGAAGAGGAGGCUCUGCGAAUCAGUGAUCACUUUCCUGUGGAGUUUGAACUGCAGCCUGGGGAAAGCUUCACUAACCUUGUCAGAUCAUUUGCUCCCCAAAAAAAGAGAGGAAGGAAAAAGUCACAGCGUGGUUAGAAGCAUGAGCUGAUUCUAAAUAACUCCCUCCUUUUAUUUUCCUUUUUAAUAACAAAAAAGCCCCAUGGAAACCAUCCAACCCAUCUACGCCAGUUUGACUAUGUUCCUUUGAGAGAAAAGGGGCUGGAUUUAAAGCCAAAAGGCCACGGAUUAAACCCCAGCUCUGAGACUUUUUACCCGUGUGACCCAACUGUACCUCCUUAUCCUCAGUUUCCUCCUCUGUAAACUGAGAGAACUGGGCCAAAGUGACACCUGAGAUCCCUUCUACCUCUACAUCUAAGAACCUAUUAGUGCAAAAGUGUUCAUAACCCCUGACCCAGUCCACAGUGACAAAAACAAAGCUCCCUUACAAACCAAAAUAUUUACAGCAGUAUUUUUUUAUGGCAACAAAUAAGUGGAAAUCAAGUGGGUGUUCAUCAGAUAGGGAAUGGCUGAACCAAAUGUGGUUAAGUCAGUGCAGCAGAAUAUUAUUUAGUGCAAAAUGACAGAUAACAUUAAAUUCAGAGAAACCUGGGAAGAUUUGCCUGAACUGAUGCACAAUGAAAUAAGAAGCAAAAACCAGUCAGUGACAACAGUAUUAAAGAAAAUAUUUCUCAAAGGACAACAAAUUUUUGAGUAACCAAAAAACCAGUAAUGGUCCUGGACACCGGAUAAUAAAGCAUGGGUAUUUAAGGGCUGGAUGUUUCCCACAUUAUCAGAGGAGAUCACUCUAUCAGUUGUUUUUGUUUUAAUUGGGUUUCUUUGUUCAUUCAGUUCAAUUUAACAAGCAUUUCUAUGUGUGCCAUAUUCUGGGGAUAUGAAAUCAAUAUGAGACAAUCCCUACCCUCAAAAAUCUUGCUGUUGAGCUCAUUCUUUGUCACUGAGUGUUUGAUUGAGGUUGAGGUUGGGAUUAGGGAGGAAGGUCAGGAAGCCUAAGGGGAUAAAGUAUAUCCAGCCAUGACUGCGAUUUAGAAACUAAAGGCUCUGUCUGGAUACAGAUUGAAGAAUACUAUUUUCACUGUUUUUGUUGUUUUUUCUUUCUUGUGGUCUUUUUCCUUUUAUGGAUUUUACUUUUACACCAUGACUAAUGUGAAAAUAUGAUUAAUAGGAUUACAUACUGUAUAAUCUUUAUCAAAUUGCUUGCUGUCUUAGAAGGGAGCAGAGGGAGGGAAGGAGGAAAAUUUGAAAUUCAAAAUGUUAUAAAAGUGAAUGUUAUGUAUGGGACUACUUGCCAUCUAGGGGAGGGGGUGGGGGGAAGAAGGGGAAAACUUGGAACUGAAGUUUUUGCAAGGGUCAUUGUUGAAAAAUUACCCAUGCAUAUGUUUUGUAUAUAAAAAGCUAUAAUAAAAAAUAAAAAUUUUAAAAAGUGAAUGUUAAAAACUACCUUUACAUGUAAUUAGAAAAAAAUUAAAUGCUAUUAUAUUGAAAAAAAAUUUUGAAUUAGAAAAUUUUAAAAUGAUGAGCAGGAUACUCUUAGAAAAACUUGGACAUCCAUGAAUUGAUGCAAAGUGAAAUGAACAGAACCAAGAGAACAUUGUACAUGGUAACAGCAAAAUUGUUCACUGACUAAUAGUGAAUGACUUAGCUAUUCUCAGUAAGACGAUUCUGAGGUACUGAUGAUGAAAGAUGAAAUCCAUCUCCAGAGAAUGAACUGAUGGAGGCUGAAUCCAAAUUGAAGCAUACUUAUUUUUUUUUUACUCUUUAUUUUUCUUGGCUUUUUUGAGGGGGUCGUCUGUGUUUUCUUUCACAAUAUAAUUAAGAUGGAAAUACGUUUCACAUGUAUACCUUAUAACAAAUAGCCUGCCUUCUCAAUAGGUGGGGGGAGAGAGAAUUUGAAACUUAAACUUUUGAAAAAUAUUAAAAUUGUGAAAAAAAUUUAAAAGAAAUUAAAAGCAUUAAAUAAGACACACACAGCAAA